AUGUCGUUGGCCCGAAGCUGCAGUGCCGUCGCGGCUCGCCGCGGCUGCGGCUGCGGCGUCGCCCGCCUCGGCCGCCGAGCAUUCUCGGCGUCGAGGGACGAGCCGGACGGCGCGGCGGCCGCCGAAGUCAGCAGAGCCGAGUACGAGUCGGACGCGUGGCCGGAUGGGACGCCGAAGCGGUGGCGCGGACGCGACGCGUGGAAGAACUACAUCGACUUUGACAGCCCGCACAGGACCCAGUCGGACGAGCUGAAUCGGCAGCGAAUCUACUUCUUCCACAUCGACGCGCGAGGCCGGCUGUGGCGCAAGGAGCUGCACAAGCCGGACGGACACGAUGGACAGAUGCGUGACCCGCGGAUGCUCGACUUCUUUUUUGGGCACAUGCAGCGCAACACGACGGGGAUGCACGAGGAUCGGUACCCGUACCUCUCGCGGCGCGCGCACGAGCGCUACUUCGCCUCCUGCGACGAGGCGCCAAUCAUCUUCAACGACCUGCGAGAUGGCGAGCGCGAGCUGCGCUUCCUCUGCCCGGACGGCGCGCUUGCCCGCUCCAUCUCGACGCCGUUUGCGCCGAGCGAGCUCCGCAUCGCGUCGGAUGGCAAGCUGCUGCACCCCGUCGUCACUGCGGCGGUGGACGAGGUCGGGGAGAGGCCGCGGGGGGAGCGGCUGAUGGCGCUCAUCGAGUCGGGCACCGCGAUAGCUCAGGGACACAAUAAGCUCGUAUACAAGUGCUGGUACGCACAGCUCGACGCGUACUCGAAUGCUGCCACUGUCAUUCUAGCCGGCGAGUGGCGGCGUCACAGCGUCGACUCUCGCAUCGCGAUGAGACGCACUGCUUGCCCAGACGCGCGCCUUGUCGCGCUCCUGUGGUGCAGGAGGAAGGCCAGCGGCGGCACCCUUCCGAUCGUUCGCCGAUAUCCGAAACCGGGGUCGUACUAA